AUGAUACUCUCAAAGCCUGUGGGAGAUACAUUUCGUGAAAAAAUGAUUACAAUACCAUUGCGAAGAAACGACGACAGUUCCUACUGGGAGCUUCACCUACACCGCCAUCUGCUUUUGAACCGACUCGGGGAGCCAGCGUCUCUUCUACGCAAUAUCACCCCUCGCAAGCUUCGAGGCGGAGACCUUCCACUUCCACCAGGAACAACCACUCUCAGUUCGACUUCCGGCUUGUCCAUCAUCCUCAGCGUCUCCACUACUUCAAGCACCGAAGAUGGCAUCGAUAUUCGACAAGUACCACGGCCACCGGUAACAUCCAGAGCCCGUAGUGGAAGUCUCAGCAUAUACUCUUCCGCCAAGUAUAGCCGUAUCAGGUUGGCCGAGCUUCAGCCUGCAGCUCACGACACACUCACUCUUCUCGUUGUUGGCACAGCGAAGUGCGGCAAAUCCGUUGUCGUGAAGAAGGGCCUCAAGGGCUAUGGCCUUUCCGAGCCCAUCAACCACUCUUUCCAACUGCUUCUCUCAGGCUUCCAACUAUAG